AGUCACAAAGCCGCGAACGCCAACACCUAGCUCUACCCAACAGCGCAACGUGGUCCAUGACCUGUCGUCUUGUUUCCAUCAAAGUGCAUACCAUAAAAUGCGCCCUGCUCUUAUUUCUGUCGUUGCUCUGAGUGCCGCCGUUUCCUGUCAACUUGUCGUACCCCUCUUGCAGCAAAGAGCGGAAGCAGCCCCGCCGUCACAGCGAACUCUCAACCACAAUCAAAAGAUCAUGGACCCCAACAACGGCCCCGGUCCGGCGUUGCCUCCGGACUCCGGAGUUCCGUCGAGGACUGACCCACCUACGCACUCUGGCGGCGGUGGUGUUAUUCUUUCGGAUGUGAUCGGCCGGGAUAGGUCUGUCAACUUAUUUGCAGGCUUCAUCAGAGAUAUUGAAUCCACCUCGGUUCGGCUUGAUGACCCGUCAAAAAACACAACGGUGCUCGCACCGCUCAACUCUGCGGUGGAGGGCUUACCUCGUAAACCAUGGGAAGAUCCCAGAGAGUACGGUGCCCUUGGGCCCGAUGCUUAUGAAGGAGGUGAUGGCCAUGAGAGGGCACAGAAAAACAUUCAGCGGUUUGUGGAGGCUCACCUUAUCCCGGUUGGUAUCUGGUCCAAGGGCCAGAAGGUGAAGACCCUGCUUGGGGAUAGGGAGGUGUGGUGGGAAGAAAAGGAAGACGGGACCCGUGUGGUGCAGCCGGGGGAUAUUGAGGUUGUUGAGGUUUCGAGCUCUGUUGCGAAUGGUGAGGUGUGGAUUUUGAAGAAGGUUCGGAAUUAUGCCUGAAGGGGGUUUUGGGGAUGUGUUUGUAUAGAUGUUGGUUUUACACAAGCCAUGGUUUAUGCCGUCUAUGACAGGACAGAAUGUUUGGCUGAAUCGGAGCUCCUGAUGUAAGGGAAUAUAUAUUCCCUGUAUACCUGAAUGAUACAUAUCCUCACCAGAGACGCCUCCACAUCUGAUGGCUGGCAGAUGGGG